GUUACCUAGUUGGGUCAUGAAAUGUCAGGAAGAAACCCAUCCAGCUCAGAGAACACGCUGCUGGCUCAUAAUUUAACUGGUCGUCCACUAAGACUCCGAGAUCCCUCUCGCAUUAUCACCGCCAUGAAGCCUGGUUUCACCCAGUCCUUUCGGUGUUUCUUGCCUAAGUGCCCCUUUCUCCCCACCCUCCCUUCAGUCUGCAGGUUCAUGGGCAGCCCCGGUUUCAGCAUGCCCGGAGCAGACUGUAUCGGCUACUUGGGAGAGAUGGUGAAGCAGCCUUCCUUCUCUGCGGGAAACCCCUCCAAGCGUAAACGCCGAGUGCUUUUCACCCGAGCGCAAGUCCAGGAGCUGGAGAAGCGGUUCGAGAUGCAGAAAUACCUGACUGCCCCCGAACGGGAGCACCUGGCCACCCUCACCCGGCUGACCCCCAACCAGGUGAAGAUCUGGUUCCAGAACCACCGCUACAAGCUGAAGAAGCUACGGGGGCAGCCGGCGGAAGCGAAGGCCGGCUUGCCGCAGGAGGGGCCCCCGUCCUGUGACAGUAGCACCGUGGCCCAUCCCGGUGUCUACCCGUUCCACCGGACCCCUGUGGAAGAGAAGCUCCUCCUUCAGCACCUGUCUCCCAGCCCCAGCUCCACCGCCGAUUCUCAACCCGGCAUCGAAACGCCCGAAAGCGGCUUUCUCUUUGGGAAACCCUGGUAGUCGGUCCACGGAUUGCCCCACGGGCCAGGGCUAGAUGACUUGCUCCAUCCAAGGAGCGCGACGGAGCCCAGGACAAAAGUUUUGUUUCGUUUUAUUAUUUAUAUAGCCGCGUCCGUCUCUGGACGGCUCCCGGUGGAAAACUCAUAUUGAAUCAUAUUGAAAUGAUCAAACUGUUCCAGCCGAGGCUUCCCAAGAACACGAAGCCAACUCCUGGUCCCGACAAAAACCCCUUUUAUUAAUUUGCUGUGGAUUCUG